CACAGCUCCUAUCUCAGUAGGAUGAGGCCAACUGAGUUGACAAGCUCCCAGAGCCCCUGAGGAUAGAAGCAUCUGAUGGGCGAGCCUUUGAACACAUCGUGGACCUGCCUCUUCCUGCCAGAAUGACUGCAUUGGCUUCUUGGCAGCUAUUGCUUCUCCUCUGCAUCACUACCUUUGGGGAGCCACUGGCAAAGGUGGCACCUCUGGCAAACCCUGGACCCACAGGCCAGCAGUCCGGAUCCCAGGAACUCAUCAAUGUCUGGGAAAAGGGCCCGCGGUGCGCAGAAGGGAAAUCUGGGGUUGCAGGGCUGCGAGCCCGAACCCGUAGGACCUUGCCGUGCCCACCCGUUGAGAGCUCCGCGGGGCGCCAGCGACCCGCGUGCGCCGCUCUCGGUCGCCUGAUUCCGACACCCCGCGGAGCGGUGCUGGUGCAGCGCGAGAAGGACCUGUCAGCCUACAACUGGAACUCCUUCGGCCUGCGCUAUGGCAGGAGGCAGGCGGCGCGGGCGGCGCGGGCAGCAGCGCGGGGCUGAGCGGGCAGCAGCGCGGGGCUGAGCGCAGGGCGGCGGGUGGAUUGCGAGCCCAGU